AUGAUCUUAAGAGGGGUACGAAACUUCAAAUUUAUUCGAACCAGUUACUGCCAUUUUUCGUUCACUAAAAACAAAGCAUAUGAUAUUGUAGAUCACCAUUAUGAUGCUGUCAUUGUAGGAGCAGGGGGCGCAGGUUUGAGAUCAGCUUUAGAACUAUCAAAAAAUAAAUAUAAAGUGGCAUGCAUAAGUAAAUUAUUCCCAACUCGAUCUCAUACAGUAGCAGCACAAGGAGGUAUAAAUGCUGCCUUAGGGAAUAUGACUGAGGAUGAUUGGAGGUGGCAUGCUUAUGAUACUAUUAAAGGAUCGGAUUGGCUAGGUGAUCAAAAUGCUAUUCAAUAUAUGUGUAAAGAAGCCCCUGAAUCUGUUAUUGAAUUAGAAGAAUUUGGUUUGCCCUUUUCUAGAACAAAAGAUGGGAAAAUAUAUCAAAGGGCUUUUGGUGGCCAAAGUUUAAAAUACGGUAAAGGAGGGCAAGCAUAUAGAUGUGCAGCUGCGGCAGAUCGAACAGGACACGCUAUGUUACACACAUUGUAUGGGCAAUCGUUAUCACAUAAUUGUAUUUUUUUUGUUGAAUAUUUUGUAUUAGAUUUAUUAAUGUUAAAUCCAGAGGAAUGUAUUGGGGUUAUAUGUAUUAAUAUUGCAGAUGGAAAAAUCCAUCGAUUUUUUUCACCACACACAGUUAUUGCAACUGGUGGGUAUGGUAGAGCAUAUUUAUCUUGUACUUCUGCGCAUGCAUGUACAGGUGACGGUAAUGCUAUAGUUGCUAGAAGUAAAUUGCCUUUACAAGAUUUAGAAUUUGUUCAAUUUCAUCCAACUGGUAUAUAUCCUGCUGGGUGUUUAAUUACAGAAGGUUGUAGAGGAGAAGGAGGAAUUUUGAGAAAUAGAGAAGGGGAAGCAUUUAUGAUGCGAUAUGCACCAAAAGCUAAAGAUUUAGCUAGUCGAGAUGUAGUAAGUAGAGCUAUGACAAUAGAAAUAAAUGAAAAUCGAGGAUGUGGUCCCAAUGCAGAUCAUAUAUAUCUAGAUCUAACACAUUUGCCACAUGAAACAAUAACAGAAAGAUUACCUGGUAUUAUGGAAACAGCUAAAAUUUUUGCAGGUGUAGAUGUAACAAAGCAAUAUAUACCAGUUUUGCCUACAGUUCAUUAUAAUAUGGGGGGGAUACCAACUAAUUAUAAAACUCAAGUAUUAACACAAUCUGCAAAUUUUGAUAAAUGUACAAAUACUUCGACAGAUGAUAUAAUAGUUAAAGGACUUUAUGCUGCAGGUGAAGCUGCAUCUGCAUCCGUACAUGGAGCUAAUAGAUUAGGUGCUAAUUCGUUAUUAGACAUUGUUGUAUUUGGAAAAAGAGCAGCAUUAACUAUUAUGGAAAUUGAUAAACCAAAUAUUCCCAAAAUUAAUCCUAAUACAAAUAUAGGUGAAGAAACAAUACAAAGAUUAGAUCAAAUAAGAUUUAAUAAAGGUACUAUUAAAACAGCUAAUAUUAGAAAAAAUAUGCAAGUAUGUAUGCAAAAACAUGCAGCAGUUUUUCGUGUAGGCCCUUUAUUAGAUAAAGGGUAUAAAGGAAUACUUGACAUUUGCUCACAGUUUAAAGAUGUUUAUAUUAAUGAUAAAACUUUAACAUGGAAUACAGAUUUAUUAGAAACAUUAGAGCUGGAAAAUUUAUUAACUUUAUCAGCUCAAACUAUAUUAGCUGCUAUUAACCGGAAAGAAUCAAGAGGAGCACAUGCUCGUGAUGAUUUCCCUGAUAGAGAUGAUAAAAAUUAUUUGAAACAUUCCUUAACAUGGAUGACAAAUAGGGAUGUAGAAAAAUCAAAAUUUUUUACAACAUACAGAAGUGUCAUUACAAAACCUUUAAACAAUGAAAUGGAAUACGUACCUCCAGUUAAACGGGUUUACUAA